UUUCGCAUCGAAAAACAUGAGACGUCAAAAUAUCAUGAGUGAAUUUAAGGAGCCAGAAGAAUCGUACAAAUUUUUUAAAUAUGUUAAUCCACAACCAGGCGAAGAAGUUGUUAUUUCCGGAAUCGCUGGUAGAUUCCCGAAAUCCAAUAAUUUGCACGAAUUGAAAGAUAAUAUUUUUAAUCGCAAAGAUUGUAUCACUGAUUACACAGAAGAAAUAGAACACUCAGAAAUUCCCCGACGAAUCGGCAAGAUUAACAACAUUGAGAAAUUCGAUGCAUUGUUUUUUGAUGUCGAUUUUAAACAAGCUCAUACUAUGGAUCCAAUGGGCAGAAUGUUGUUCGAACAUACUUACGAAGCUAUUGUGGAUGCUGGAAUUCAUCCGAAAGACCUUCAUGGAACGAGAACAGGUGUAUUCAUAGGUUCAUGCUUCUCCGACACCGAGAAAAUUUGGUUCUACGACAAACUACGGAUAAAUGGUUUUGGUAUCAUAGGCUGUAACAAAGCUUCGUUGGCCAACAGAAUUUCGCAUUGGCUGGGUGUAACUGGACCAUCAUAUAAUAUCGAUACCGCAUGCAGUUCAAGUCUUUUUGCGAUGGAACACGCUUAUAGGGCUAUACGUAGCGGACAAUGUGAUUACGCGAUCGUCGGUGGAUCAAAUCUUUGCCUUCAUCCAUAUAUAUCUUUGCAAUUUAAACGCUUAGGAGUGUUAUCUCAAGAUGGUUAUUGCAAGUGUUUUGACGAAGAUGCAACCGGUUACACGCGUAGUGACACCGUUGCUGUAGCAUUUCUGCAAAAAGCAAAAAAUACAAAAAGGAUCUAUGCUACGGUCAUCCAUACGAAAACAAAUUGCGAUGGUUAUAAAGAACAGGGUAUAACGUAUCCUUCUAGCAAAAUUCAGAGUACGCUUUUCAAAGAAUUCUACGAAGAAUGCGGUAUAUCAACAACUUGUAUACAUUACAUCGAAGCUCAUGGUACAGGAACGAAAGUCGGAGAUCCUAAAGAAAUAAAUGCCAUAGAUCGCAUUUUCACCAAAGACAGAAAUAAUCCUCUUAAAGUCGGUUCCAUCAAAGCAAACGUCGGUCAUGCGGAACCAGCCAGUGGAAUUUGUUCCAUUGCUAAGGCGAUAAUAUCGAUGGAAUCAGGCCUAAUACCGCCAAAUAUCAAUUUAAAUCAACCACGUAAAGACGUGAAAGCUUUUACAGAAGGGAGGAUCAAAGUUGUUACCGAAACGACUCCGCUUGAUGGGGAAUACAUAGGCAUUAAUGCUUUCGGCUUUGGUGGUGCUAAUGCUCACAUCUUACUCAAAUCAAAUCCAAAAACAAAGAUUAAUAAAGGAUUGCCAAAUGAUGAUUUGCCAAGACUCGUAGUCGUUUCUGGACGUACCAAAGAAGCAGUAGCAAGCAUAUUAAAUGAUAUCGAUAAUCGACCGAUAGACAUCGAAUUUAUUCGUCUUCUUCAUGAUAUUCAUCUCAAAGGAACAUCAGGUCAUUUAUGUCGGGGAUACACGAUAAGCGGUUUCAAAAUAUCCGACGAAAAUACGAGAGCGAUUGAAAAUUAUUCUGAUAUAAAGAAACCAAUAUUGUUCGUCUUUUCUGGAAUAGGCUCGCAAUGGCCUGGAAUGGGUCAAGCUCUGAUGAGGUUCUCUAUAUUUGCCAAGGCAAUAGAGAAAUGCGACGCUGUAUUGAAGCGGUAUAAUUUGAAUAUUUAUGAAAUUUUAACUAAAAAAGAUAAUAGCAUCUUCGACAAUAUCUUGCAUUCGAUCGUCGGAAUUGCUGCGGUUCAGAUCGGAUUGGUAGAUCUUCUAACUUCAGUUGGUAUAAUACCGGACUACAUAAUCGGACAUUCCAUAGGUGAACUUGGUUGUGCCUACGCAGAUGGAUGUUUUACUGCCGAGGAAAUGAUAUUGGCAGCAUAUUCACAAGGAAUGGCCUUGACAGAAACAAAAAUACCUCAUGGUUGUAUGGUAACAGUAGAACUUUCUUAUGCCGACAUUAAGAAUUGGUGUCCUGCUACUAUCGACAUCGCAUGUCACAAUGGAUCUAAAAGUACAACCAUAAGUGGACUGGCCAAGUCCGUGAGGGCAUUUGUUAAAAAAUUACAGGCAGCUGAAAUUUUCGCAGAAGAGGUAUGGUGCAAUAAUAUACCUUACCAUAGCCGUUACAUCACAGCAGUCGAACAGAAACUUUUUGCAUAUUUAAAAGAAGUGAUACCAACAGCAAAGCCUCGAAGUAAAAAAUGGCUCAGUACAUCGAUACCACGCAACGAAUGGUCCACAUCAACCGCAAAACUCUCGUCAGCCGAGUAUCAUACCAAUAACUUGUUAAAAACUGUACUUUUUGAAGAAACUUUAACCCUUAUUCCCGACAAUGCCGUCGCCAUUGAAAUCGCACCGCAAAGUUUGCUAGAAGCGGUUUUAAAAACAUCAUUGCAACCAACCAUAACGAUUAUACCAUUAACCCACCGAGAUCAUGAAGAUAACGUGGAAGUUUUUUUACGAGGAUUAGGGAAGCUCUAUAAUACCGGUUCACAACUCGAUCUUGUUAAAUUAUAUCCGCCGGUAGAAUAUCCAGUCAGUCGAGGUACUCCAAUGAUAUCACCACUCAUUAGAUGGAAACAUUCAGACAACUGGUUUGUGGCACCUUAUAAAAUAGUAGAGAAAAUUGCUUCUGGAGAAAGAACGAUUGAAAUAUCGAUCGCAAAUGAAUAUUUUGAGUACAUCAAGGGUCACGUGAUCGAUGGGAGAAAUUUGUUUCCCGCGACAGGAUAUUUAUGCUUGGUUUGGCAAACUUUAGGCAUGAUGAUAGGACAGUUGUAUAUGGAAAUAUCAGUUAUCAUUGAAAAUGUAAAGUUUAAUCGAGCUACCACCAUUCCGAAAGACGGCACAGUUGAAAUGACCGUCAUGAUUCAGAAAGGAACCGGCAAUUUCGAAAUAGCUGAAAAAGGUGUUGCUGUUGUUACGGGAAUGAUUCGUGUUGCAACAAAUUUAUCGAAGGAGAAAAUACCCCUUGAUGUGAUUAAAGCAAAUAUAAACAAUGAGGAGGAAGUAUUAAAUACGAAAGAUAUAUAUAAGGAGUUGAAGCUACGUGGUUAUGAAUAUAAUGGCCUAUUUCGAAAUUUGCACAGUGUGUCAGUUUCGGGAAAAAAAGGACACGUCGAGUGGAAAAAGAAUUGGACGGCGUUCAUCGAUAACAUAUUGCAGAUGAAAAUACUCGCUUUUGAUACCCGAGGUUUACUUAUACCAACUGGAAUUCGAAAAUUAAUAAUAGAUAUUAAUGCACACCAACGAUAUCUAGAAAGUUUGACAAACAAUGAACAAUAUGUGCCUGUACAAUUACUUGAGAACAUCGAUGUGAUUAUAGCAGGGGGUGUGGAGAUUCAUAAUAUUAGGGCUAGCGAAAUCGCUCGGAAGAAACCUGUCAGUGAUCCAAUUAUCGAAGAACAUAAAUUCAUUGCUUAUCGUGACAGAAAGGAAAUGUCAUUACGAGAAAUAUUAACAUUAUCUAUGCAUAUCACUCUUGAGAAUAUACCAACGACCAUGGUGAAAACGAUAGAACUCGUUGAAUAUAAUGACAAUAUAUCAGCAGAGAAACUUGUUUCUCCGUUGUUGGAAGACAUUCUAGCCAAUUUGCCUUUGAUUCAAGCAAACGUUAAUAUAUUUGCAUCGCCAAAUACAUUUGGCGAGAAAGAUAUUCCUAAAAAUAACAAAAUUUUAGAAUUGAAAAAUAUACAAACGGAUAAUGUCGCGCUAUUAGCAGUUGGAUGUUGUUUAUUAACGAAUAAAAAGAAGGACAGCUUAAAACAACUUUUAGAAUCCACAAGAGAUGGAGCUUUCCUUUUAUCGCGGGAAAAAAACGUGUCAUUAGACUUUUCUAUUUUAAAGGAAUUUCAAUUAGGUAUAGUUUUGGAGAAGCGUACUUCCGAGGAAUCGUGGAUAUUGUUAAGGAAGAUCAAGAAUACUCCGAAAAAUACUUCGUUUAUUUAUGUGAACAGCAAUGAAUUUAACUGGUUACAAGAAGUUCAAACUGUGCUUACCAGUGAAUCAGAAAAGGAUGACACGAGAGUGAUACUAGUUGAGGAAGGAAACUUUGAAUCUGGUCUCUUAGGAUUUAUCAAUUGUUUACAGAAAGAACCUGGCGGAAAAAUCUUCCGAGCUGUUUUAAUUCAAGAUAUGGAAGCCCCGAAAUUUUCUUUAGAGUUACCCCUUUAUUCGGAACAAUUCGAAACCGAUCUCGUAAUAAAUGUUUUACGAUCAGGGAACGUUUGGGGAUCAUAUAGGCAUCAGCUACUUCCACCUCACGAACCGAAGCCUACCUAUCAUGCUUUGGUCAAUCAAUUGACACGCGGAAAUUUAAGUUCGAUACGUUGGGUCGAAGGGCCAAUUACGAAAGACUAUCAAAAGGAAGAUCUUGUUCGCAUCCAUUAUGCGUCGUUGAAUUUUAAAGACGUGAUGAUAACAACAGGUAAAAUCGAAAUAGAUAUAUUUCAAGAUGACAGAAAACAACUUGAUUGUACAAUUGGAUUUGAAUAUAGCGGAAUUAGUAUUAGUGGUCGUCGUGUCAUGGGCCUUAAUUCAAACAGAUGCAUAUCAAACUUCUGCCAAAUGGACGAUAUUUUUUCUUGGACUAUACCUGAAAGUUGGAGUAUGGAGGAUGCUGCAACAAUACCAUGUGUAUAUUCCACAUGUACCGCUGCUCUUUAUAUUAACGCAGAAAUGAAGAAGGGUGAGAAAGUACUUAUCCACGCUGGUGCUGGUGGUGUUGGCCAAGCCGCAAUUACCUUAGCUCUUCACGAAGGCUGUGAAGUAUUUACUACUGUCGGUACACCAGAAAAACGUAAAUUCAUUAGAGAAACAUUUCCCAGUAUCGAUGAUAAUCAUAUUGGAAAUUCUCGAGACACUAGCUUCGAACAAAUGAUUUUGCAACAAACCAAUGGUGCAGGUGUAGACAUAGUUCUAAAUUCUUUAGCGGAAGAAAAACUUCUAGCGUCGCUGCGUUGUUUAGCAUAUAGAGGACGAUUUGUGGAAAUUGGAAAGUUUGACUUGGCCUCAAAUAAUCCAUUGGAUACCGAUAUCUUUACGAAGGAAAUCAGUUUUCACGCUGUAAUGUUAGAUAAACUUAUGACUACAAAUGAUGAAAUCAAAGAUAAAAUACAUUCGAAAGUAAACAUACUCCUUAAGAAGAACGUUAUUAAACCGAUUGUAAGGACAGUUUUCGGCAAAGAUCAAGUAGAGACAGCUUUUAGAUACAUGGCUGCUGGAAAGCAUAUCGGAAAAGUACUCAUAAAGAUACGCGAAGAAAACGAACCACAGAAUACACCGAUCUUGGCUAAACCUUCUUACAGAUGUUUUCCGAACAAAAGUUACAUAGUGAUUGGCGGCUUGGGAGGUUUUGGUUUAGAAUUAAUCGAUUGGUUGAUUCUUCGAAAUGCUCGAAAUAUUGUCAUCACUUCGCGAAAUGGCUUAAAGAAUGGUUAUCAACAAAUGAGAAUCAAAAGAUGGGAAUCAUAUGGCGUAAAUAUUAAGAUCCUAGUCGGUCUCGAUGCGUCUAAACGAGAAGACUGCGAGGUUAUAGUGAAAUCGGCAAUAGACGGAGGUCCGGUCGACGGUAUAUUCAACCUCGCGGUUUCUUUGAAAGAUUGUAUCUGUAGAAACCAGACGAUACAAACUUUUGAAGAAUCUUUCAAGGGAAAGGCCUGGGCCACGAAACGUUUAGACGAGGUGACUAGAAAACUUUGUCCAGAUCUUCGACACUUCGUAGUCUUCUCUUCUGUGUCGUGCGGAAGAGGAAAUGCUGGCCAAACGAAUUAUGGUAUGGCUAAUUCCGUUAUGGAAAGAAUAUGCGAAAAAAGAAUGGAGGAAGGUUUAUCUGGAUUAGCUAUUCAAUGGGGUGUGAUUGGAGACGUCGGUCUUGUCGCGGACAUGCAAGAUAACGAUAAAGAUCUUGUUAUCGGUGGUACUCUACAGCAAAAAAUAACAUCGUGUUUAGAAGAACUCAAUCGAUUUUUAGUACAAGAUAAACCUAUAGUUGCUAGUAUGAUAGUCGCUGAAAAACGAUCAAGUAGCGACAGUGUGGACAAUAUCGUAGAUACUGUUUUAAAAAUUAUGUGUAUUAAAGAUUUGAAAACUAUCAGUCAACAAAUCUCCUUGGCUGAACUUGGAAUGGAUUCUAUGAUGGGUAUAGAAAUAAAACAGACAUUAGAACGCGAAUAUCAAAUAUAUCUCAACACGGAAGAUAUUCGCAGUUUAAACUUUGCCAAAUUAUUGGAAAUGGAAAACAAACGGACAGCUGGUGAUAUUGAUCAUAAUAAAAUUGCUACAAAAAAAAUAUUAACUGGUAUAAAGAUGUUGAUGCAAUCUUUCGGUGAAAAACUUUCCUUCGAAAUAUCUGUCCCCCUUAAAACUAAUCCACAGAGAGGUCGAAGCGAGGUAUUCUUCAUUCCAGGUAUCGAAGGUUAUUGUAGCAUUUUCAAAACAUUAGAAUCAAAAAUUAAGUCGCCUGCGAUUUGUUUUCAACUCGGGACAAAUUAUGAUUUAAACACUAUAGAAGAAAUGGCCAAUUUAUUUUUACCGCAUAUGCUAGAGAAACUUAAAGAUCGAAUAGAUUUUACUUUAGUGGGAUAUUCGUUUGGAUCGCUUGUAGCAAUUGAACUCAUGCGACAAUUAGAAGCCUAUGGGUUUAAUGGCGAGCUUAUUUUAAUAGACGGUGCUCCUCAAUUAAUGAAAAAACUUAUAAACAAACAGCUGCUAUCGUCGUCGGUGGAAGAACUGCAAAACAACGUUCUUGUUAGCAUUAUGAACACAUUUACAUCUAUUAAUAGUGAACAGUUUGCAUUUGAAUUAAGAAACUACAAAACGUGGGAUGAGAAAUUAAAUGCAUUCUUUAAUGCGUUCUCUCCUGAAUACAAGCAAUUAUAUUUGGAAAGAGAUCAAAGAAAAGCUAUUUUCUCAUUUUAUGUAAGAUUGCAAGCAUGCAUGAAAUAUGAUCCAAAGCCAAUACCGUAUUUAAGAACACCAAUUACAUUGUUUAAACCAAUGUUAUCCUCUGUACAACAGAUCACAUAUGAUUAUGGACUACAGAAUAUAACUGAAGGCAAAGUAGAAGUACACGUUGUUAACGGCGAUCAUGUUACGAUAUUAGAAAAUAUUAAAAUUGCAAUGGCAAUUAAUCGUGAACCGUUUAAAGAGGAUUUAUAAAAAUAAAAUGAAAUGAAGUGAUAUGUAUGUAUUUA